AUGGAAGGGAUUCGUAGGUUGGCCUUACCGGAAACGGCCGUGAUUGCAGAUAUGCGCGGAUAUGUCCUCGUCGCGCCGCCUUGCGACCCCGAUGAAAACCUUGCUGCGAUGCGCCGAGGACCUAUUCGCACAACCUGCAAUCACAGCUCCAAGACAAUUUCCUUACCGUCUCCAAGGAAGCCAACUUACGAGACCCCUCCACUCGCUUCUUCAAAUGAAAUGAAAGGCAUUCCAACAUAA